AUGACCGGCAGAAAAGGGGCUUCAUCAGGCGCCAAGGCCACGGCCAGCAACAACACCAAGAAACCGCCAAAAAAGACCCAAACCCGCCUUUCAUCGAAGGAUGCCCAGAUUGAGCAUGAUCAGAGGCAUACAAUUUCCGACCAGGACAGGAAGCGUCAGCAGAGGGUCCUGGAUGUGUUCAGACAUGCAUUCCACGACGUUCUCUCGUCGUCCAGCCUCACAGCUACCCUGCAGUCGGUGAAACAGGCACUCUAUGACCGGGACUUUGCCAGGGCGUUUGGUGACCCGGAGCACUUGGACGUGUAUGCGGCGCGAUGGAGCCCAACAAGGGCCCUAUGCUACGCCUCGGUGUUAAGCGGCAUCAAGGAGCAUCUCAAAUUACUCAUACUGUCCAAACCAUUCGAUGUCACACCAACGGACGAGCACGAUGGUGAUGAGACGCGAGCUCCGCCCACGAGUGACCUACCGCCAUCACAGAAUCUAAAACUCCUGUCCAUCGGCGGCGGCGCAGCCGAGCUCGUCGCCUUCGGAGCCUUCCUAAGCCAGCAUCCGUCCCCCAUGUCAGGUUCCAUAACCCUCCUCGACUCCGGGCCGUGGGAACCCGUCAUCACCAAGCUCACCACAGCCAUCACCACCCCACCACCAAUAUCCAAGUACGCCACCGCACCCGCCAAGCUCUCCAACACCGCCCUCAUUCCUCCCUCACACCUCGCCCCGACCUUUCUCCAACAAGACGCCCUGGCCCUCAGCACAUCUGACCUAGCGUCCUUGCUAGGAACCGACCCCCUGCUCGUAACAAUCCUUUUCACCCUCAACGAGCUCUUCACAGCAAGCGGCAUCGGCAAAACAACCACCUUCCUCCUCAACCUUACCUCCGCCGUGCCCCUCGGCUCGAUCCUCCUCGUCGUCGACAGCCCCGGCAGCUACUCCGAGACCAGCGUCGGGAAAGAAGCGAAGCGCUACCCGAUGCAGUGGCUGCUCGACCGCAUCAUGCUGGGCACGCGACGCGAGCCGGUGCACGGGCGGCGAUGGGCUAAAGUCGAGUCGGCCGACUCGGUUUGGUUCCGCCUGGACGUCGCGGGGCUGGAGUACCCGAUUCCGUUGGAGAACAUGCGGUAUCAGUUGCAUCUUUACAGGGCGGAGGAUGCGAGUAUCGGGGACGAUGACCAAUGA